AUGGCAUUAAAAGAACAAUUUGUUAGCUUUGCAAAAUUCGGAGACACUAAAGCUGACGGUAAAACAAUAACCCUGACUCAAAUCGACAAAUGGUUUAAACAAGCCCAAGUUUUCGAUAAAAAACUCACAACAACGGACACCGGGAUUGCUUUCGGCAAGUUCAAAGCCAAAAUUAUAACGUUGGAAAACUUUGAAAAGUUUAUAGACGAUUUGGCUGGUCAGAAGAAAAUGAGCGGAGAAGAAAUAAGGCAGAAAUUAAUUGAUUGUGGAACUCCGGGUACUACGAAAACUACUAAAGCGGUUGCUACAGGAGGUGUAGAAAGAUUAACUGAUACUUCUAAAUAUACAGGAGCUCAUAAGGAAAGAUUUGAUGAGAGUGGCAAAGGAAAAGGUUUGGAAGGUCGCGAGGAUAUUGCUGAUACUUCAGGAUAUGUGGGAGGAUAUAAGGGAAAGGAUACUUAUGAUAAAAAAUAA